AACGCUUGCUUUGUUUAUACUGUGAAGAGGUUUUUGAUUUUUUUUAAAAAUUUUCUUUGCUGUUUAACGCAUUAUGGCGGAUUGAAACGUUUUCAAUGAUUUAUGUAUUUUCUGGUCGUUGUUACCUGCAUUGAGUUUGGAAACAGAGAGUCCCUUUUCUGUUUUAUUUAAGAACUCAGACAGAGAGCAGCGUUAAAAUUACUCAUCGCAAAAGUAAAACGAGCCUGUUUUUUUGUUGUUUUUUUCUUUAUCACACUAGAAGUGCUGAUUUUAUAUAAAUGUUAAUUAUCCGGUAAAUAAGUUAAAGUCAAAGCGGAUUCCGCUACUCGAGUCUCAAGCUAACAGUCAGUGAAGAUGGACGUCAGUGUCUCCGUGUCGUUCUUUCAAGACGAGCUCGCCUCUACCAUCGAGCACGCAGUGAAAGCGGCUGUAGACACCGUCUUGUGCCAAAUCACAAAAGUUGUCGGCGGCAAAUUCACUGAAUUCCGAAUGGAAAUGGCUGGAAAGGAGAAAGAGAAUGAAAGUCUGAAGCUGAGAUUGGAAAUAUCAGAGAGCGAGUUGAAAGCAGUGCGGGAAUGCAUGAACGCUGCAGAUGCAGACAUUAAACAACCUCUCAGAAACAUGAACCCCGACUGCAAUGAACAAGACUUUCAGAGGAACGAGAACCAGGGAUUAUUUCAAGAUCCCAAAGAGAGCCAUGCUGUCCCUAAAUCUGAAGCACAGGAGGGGCCAAGGAUAGAAGCAGCUUACACACAAGAGGAGUCCUUUGACCAGGAGUGGCGUGCAAGUCUAAAGCAGGUUACAGAGCUGACAUUUGUUAAAGAUGAAGAGGUCUCUCAACUGGAAUGGCUUCCUGUUAAAGAGGAAUUCAUAGAACAGGAAUGUGUCCCCAUCGCAGAGGAAGUUCCUACUGAAAAUAAUUUCUGUACACUUGAGGUGAACAACCAGCUGGGAUCCAGCCUGUGUGAUGAUUGUCCACCUGAAGGUGAACUGGGAUUUAGAGCUACAAAAUGGAGUCACACAGGAGGGGCAACAUUUCCCUGUGGUGAUUGUGGGAAGAGAUUCAGUCAUUUAUCGGACAUUAAAAUCCACCAGUGUGUUCACACAAGAGUUAAAUCUUAUCUUUGCUCUGAGUGUGGGAAGAAUUUCACACGAGUAGGAAGUCUUAAAAGACACCAACGCAUUCACACAGGAGAGAAACCUCAUCACUGCAUUGAGUGUGGGAGGAGAUUCAGUUAUUUAUCAAACCUUAAAAGACACCAACGCAUUCACACAGGAGAGAAACCUCAUCACUGCACUGAGUGUGAGAAGAGAUUCAGCUGUUUGUCAGACCUUAAAAGACACCAACGCAGUCACACAGGAGAGAAGCCUUUUUACUGUACUGAGUGUGGGAUGAGUUUCACGCGAUUAGAAAGUCUUCAAUCACACCAGCGCAUUCACACAGGAGAGAAACCCUAUCACUGUUCUGAAUGUCGGAAGAGAUUCACAUAUUUAAAUUCCUUGAAAAUCCACCAGCGGACUCACAAAGAGAGAAAUCUUCUCAAUGCAGUGAAUGUCUGAAGAGUUUCAGUCACUUAAAAGACACGAUAAAACUCACAGGUGAGUUCAGUCAGUUACUGGGUCUUGAAGGACACAAGAGAAUUCACAGAAUUUCAGCCACUUGAGGAUACCUAAACACCAGGACUAAAUUGAACUAAAAUACAGAAAUAUUUACUGAAAACAAAAGAAUAAACUUUCUUACUUCAAAAAGUUUUCUUCAUACGUUGUUUUGCUUGUAUGAAAUUCAUAAACAGAAAAAAGCCUUGCACACAAUGUACCCUCCUUUUUAAAUGCAGGAAAGGCCCUUGUAAAUAUUGGCAGGGAUGGGGUUAAAUUCUCCUCCCUGCCCAGGUUUAUUGUGUCAGGUGGGAAUAAUGAACAGUCAAUCAGCACCCAGCCACCUGACAUAAAAGGAGGCCUCAGCACCUCAGUAGAGAGAGGUAGCUGAGGAAGCAAGCAGGUAUGUUUUAAAUGCAGCAAAGGCUGUGUUACACUGUAGUUGUUCUGAGGAUGUGUUGCCUGUUCCCUUCAUGUAUUCCCGUUAAAAUGUCGAAAGAGAAACUCGAAAUAACCAGGUUAAUAAAUAUAACAAGGAGCUGAAUUCAGUGUGGUGCUGAAAUAUAUAUAUAUAUAUAUCUCUACCGAUAUCUACCGGUGUAUGUGUGUAUAUAUAUAUAAUAUAUACUGUAUAUAUAUGUAUGUGUGUGUGUAUGUGUGUAUAUAUAUAUGUAUAUGUAUAUGUAUGUAUAUCUGUAUAUAUAUACUUUUGUUUGUUUUAAAUCGAGUGGUAGACGUGGUCACGUUGUAAAGGCUAAUGUAAGUAGGCCUAUAUGAAUUUAGCUGCAGGACAUUUUCCAACGCUGAAGAAAAAAUAACUUUGCUACCUUGUGUAGCUGCUCCAGCGCUCUCACUGUGUGUGUGUGUGUGUGUGUGUAUAGCAGUGUUUAUUGUGUUCAGUCCCGUUUACCUUGUGUAGCUGCUCCAGCACUCUCACUGUGUGUGUGUGUAGCAGUGUUUAUUGUAUAUUGUGUUCAGUUUACCUUGUGUAGCUGCUUUACACAACAGCCACAAGGCUAAACCAAUUCUCAGCACACAAGACCAGGGUAAUGAACUUUACAUGUUGCAUUUGUUCCAGACUGACCUCAAUUCUGUUUCUGCCCACACUUUGGCCUUGUGUGAAAAUGAAAACACCGUACUUUCACAUUCCUUCAGACAGCUCAUCCUGUAAACAUCACCAUUGCCUGUUUUAGUUGUGCUUUAAAUUGUAUUAGGGGCAGCAGUGUGGAGUAGUGGUUAGGGCUCUGGACUCUUGACCGGAGGGUCGUGGGUUCAAUCCCAGGUGGGGGACACUGCUGCUGUACCCUUGAGCAAGGUACUUUACCUCGAUUGCUCCAGUAAAAACCCAACUGUAUAAAUGGGGAAUUGUAUGUAAAAAUAAUGUGAUAUCUUGUAACAACUGUAAGUUGCCCUGGAUAAGGGCGUCUGCUAAGAAAUAA